AUGAGUGGGGGUGUGGAGCAGAGCGACCUUCUGAGCGUCUCGACUCUGGUCAAAGAUCGAUGGAAAGUGACAAAGAAGAUUGGGGGCGGAGGCUUCGGUCAGAUCUACGAGGCCCUGGACCUCCUGACCCGAGCCACAGUCGCCCUGAAGGUGGAGUCUGCCCAGCAACACAAGCAGGUCCUCAAGAUGGAGGUCGCAGUGCUGAAGAGGCUGCAGGGUAGAGAACACGUCUGCCGCUUCGUGGGCUGUGGGAGAAACGAGCGCUUCAACUAUGUGGUGAUGGAGCUGCAGGGCCGUAACCUGGCAGAUCUGCGGAGAAGCGUCCCCAGAGGAACCUUCUCCAUCAGCACCACCCUGAGACUGGGGCGCCAGAUCCUCCGCGCUGUGGAGAACAUUCACUCUGCGGGCUUUCUGCACCGUGACAUCAAACCGUCUAACUUUGCCGUGGGUCGCUUCCCGAGCUCGUGUCGCACUUGCUUCAUGUUGGACUUUGGUUUAGCUCGACAGUUCACCAACUCCAGCCACGAAGUCCGACCGCCACGUCCUGUCGCAGGAUUCAGAGGAACUGUGAGAUACGCCUCAGUGAACGCUCACAGGAACAAGGAGAUGGGUCGCCAUGACGACCUGUGGUCUCUCUUCUACAUGCUGGUGGAGUUCUCCGUGGGACAGUUGCCAUGGAGAAAGAUCAAAGACAAGGAGCAGGUGGGCCGGCUGAAGGAGACGUACGACCACAGACUGAUGCUGAAACAUUUACCUUCAGAGUUUGGACUUUUCCUCGAGCACGUCUCCAACCUGGACUACUUCACCAAACCGGACUAUGAGCUCCUGCUCUCGGUCUUCGACAGCAGCAUGCAGACCUAUAACGUGGUGGAGAACGAUCCGUACGACUGGGAACGAAGUGACGCCUCAGUGACAAACACAGCAGGAUCCACCCCCCAGCACCUCACCCGCCUCACCCCCGCACACAUGGGGAUGGCCUCUCUCCUUCCCGCGGACCUGCUCCGUGAGAACACAGAGGAGGUGGUGCGGGACGAGCGCCUCAGCGACGGGGACAUCCUGCUGCAGCGCCCCCUGGAGGCCGAGGGCUGGGAGGAGCUGGACGGAAACCGCAACCGCCUGAGGCCCAAGAUGUGCACAGAGGAGGAGCUGAGUCAUCAUCUGUCUCCCGCUCACGGAGCUUCGUCUCCGGUCAAACUUCAGCCCGAGCCCCGGACCCUGCGCCGCACGGAGCCCGAGGACGAGCGGAACGCGGGCCUCGCCCGGGGCCCCGGGCGUGGCCCCGGGCGAGGCCCCGGUGGACGCACAGGGCUGAUGUGUCCCUGUGAGCUCAGCACAGGGCUGAUGUGUCCCUGUGAGCUCAGCACAGGGCUGAUGUGUCCCUGUGAGCUCAGCACAGGGCUGAUGUGUCCCUGUGAGCUCAGCACAGGGCUGAUGUGUCCCUGUGAGCUCAGCACAGGGCUGAUGUGUCCCUGUGAGCUCAGCACAGGGCUGAUGUGUCCCUGUGAGCUCAGCACAGGGCUGAUUGUCCCUGUGAGCUCAGCACAGGGCUGA